AUGAGUAGUAAUUAUCAAUUUCCACCAUCGUCGCCAUUGAUGAGUGGCCACGGCGGCUACGAGGAGGAACACGAUCCAUUUGCGAUCAGAGGCAAAGGAGAAAAAAGUACCGUUGAUAGGGGUAGGGUGAACUAUCCCACACCCAAUCCAUCGUCUAGUGUUGGCAGAUCUUCAUCGCCAAGCAGAGGAGAGGAUGAGGUCAAUUUGUCAGUCAAGCCGAAAAAGUCAGUUUCUUUCGAUUUAGUGCGGUCAACAGCACCAAAGCAACGUAAGGAACAUGCCACUGAACAGCCGAACCCCCAGAAGGUUAGGAUUAAUCGAGAUUUCAAAAUUUUGGAUCCUGAUGCCAAGGUUUUAAGAGUGCCAUUACUUACCGACAAGACUUCAUUGUUGAUUGGGAGAUCGUCGAGAUCGUGUGAUUUCUAUCUCAAUGCAAAGGAUAAGACUAUUUCGAGAACCCACAUAUCUAUCUCGUAUGACAAGCACACAAAUCAGAUGAGUUUGCAUUGUUUAGGUUAUAACGGAUUUGCAAUGAGGAUUCCAAAGCCAUGCGUCGUUUACGGUACAAAUAACAAGAAUGAUUACAUAUUGAUGGAAAACAAGAGUGCCCCAUUAUCUACUGAUAAUCUUGAACGUUUAGGCCUCACCGUUACCCCACGUACUAUAAGAUUGGAAUCAAAUCACACUGAAUUUGUGGUCAAUAGACAUGAAUCGGUUACUUUACCAAAAUUGAAUAAUAUCCUAAUUGAAAUUCGCAACAACUUAAUAUUGUUAAAUCCAGUUGAAGAUGAAGAAGACGUUACUGAUGAUGAAAGUCCUGUUCUAAUUAAUACAACAAGACCUGCUGAGGUUAAGCAUAAUCCAGCAGUUUCCAAGCCAAAGCCUAUUUAUAAUACUCCAGAUCAAGUUAAAUUACAAUUGUUGCCAAAUACUCCAUCGAAGAAAGAAUUUAAGUGUACAUCAGAAGAAUCAACCCCAAUUUCACAUAUCAAGCGCAACUUUUCGGAUUCCUCGAUUAAAGAGGCAUUGGGAUACAAACCCUUUGGAAUACAUCAGGAUAAACCGCAAGUCUCAAAUAAUGAUUCUCCAAAGAAUGCUGAUACCUUCGUGAAAGAAUCGACCCCUACUACAGACGAAAGAGUACAAAUGCCAACAACCCCAUUAGGUGAUAAAUCAAAUACUUUCAGUAAACCCAAUACACCUAAGAGAAGAGUGCAUUCUGAAGAACCACAGAAGCCUAUGAAAAAGAAGAAGAGAUCGCUGCAACCACAAAAGGUUGAGAUUGACCAAUCUUGUAUUGAAGGCAUUUCAAAUAUUCCAGAAAUUAACAAUAUAUUAGUCAAUCAUCUUGCAUUCUCCAGGUUGUCUUCAACUCCUGCAUCCUUUUUAAAUACUAUAAGUGCGAUUACGUCUGAAUUAUCAUUAAAGCAGCUUAGAGUUAUUUUACACAAUAUUAAAUCAAUUGGUAUUAUUUAUAGAGAAGGCAAAGAUGCCGCUGGUAAGCCAUUAGAAGAGGAAUAUUACUAUAUGCCUGAAAACGAUGAUGAUACUGAGAGGCCUAAAUUGGUUUCCAGCAUUAAAGGACAUGGUGGCUUAAGAUCAUGCAGAAGAACUCAUAAGCAAUACUAUUGGAAAAAGCCAGCUCCAAUUAAGAAGUAA